AUCAGUGAGGUGCACUGUUUCCCAGCUAAGCUGCUUGCCUUUCAAUCAGACUGUCUGCUAGAACUGAAUUCUAAAACCAAGGAAUCUGUAACUAUUCAAGCAAGUAAAAUGGGCACAGGGGAUUAUAUGUGCAUUACCAUGAGUGGAGGAGCUCCGUGGGGGUUUAGGCUACAGGGUGGCACAGAAGAUCAUGAACCUCUACAAGUUUCCAAGGUUAAAAGCCCAAGCAAGGCUUCCACUGCUGGUUUAUGUGAGGGAGAUGAAGUUGCUUCCAUUAAUGGAACCCCUUGUGCUGAUAUACCCUACUCUGAGGUUGUGGCUCUUAUAGAGAAAUCAGUGGAUACACUCCAGCUGCUUGUCAAAAGGGCACCGAAUAAUGCUACUGUAUCUGAAGUGAAGAAUGGAGAAGAUGCAAAUAUCAAAGUAGAAGAAUACACACAGAGUACCACGUUGCAAAUCCGGCCUGCCCCAGAAAGCCCUUCUCAAAAUGAUGUUUUGGAAGUACAAGAACAGUCUUUGUGUGCGAGGACAGAUACAGGGGAGCAGAAUGACAAAUACACGAUUCAAUGCCACACAAUUUCACCCAAAAUGACUGAAACGCCAAGGGCUUUUAUUCCCUUGAUAGAAAAACAUGGAGAAGGAAGACAAGGUGCAAUGAUUGAACUUCAACUCUCCCUCUCGCCAGAUAUGCAUGUAGGAUCUGCUGCGCCUAUUUUGACUGUUUUGGGUGCAGAAAAUGGGACCCCCUCAGAAAUAAAAGGAAAUGCACAGCAAAAUGAAACCAUUUCUGUGGGUGAAAUAUGCCUUCAUCAGAAAGAAGAACCUGCCCAUAUGUCAUCUACAACAUUCCAGAUUGCUGGCAGGCAAGAGACAAAAAUCAUCAAAACAGUAGAGGCAGAUGAUCCAUCUUUUCCCAGAGUUGAGCUGAUCUUAGACUGCUCUGGUAUUGAGAAGGAAGAGCCCGAGUCUCUGUCUGACAGGGGGUGUGUUGAAUCUAAAGAAGAAGGAGGGCAAUUGGAGGCACCUCCUGCUACUGUCUCCUUUGGAAUCACAGCAGAAGAAUCAGAGCAAGGAGAGGAGGAUCAACAGGCAGAAAGGGAUCACACAAGACCUCAGAAACAUAGGGCGAGGCAUGCAAGGCUCAGGCGUAGUGAAAGCCUGUCCGAGAAACAAGUGAAAGAAGCCAAGUCUAAAUGUAAAAGCAUUGCCCUUCUGCUGACAGAAGCACCAAACCCAGAGUCCAAAGGGGUUUUGAUGUUCAAGAAGCGUCGCCAAAGAGCGAGAAAGUAUACUUUAGUUAGCUACGGCACUGGUGAACUUGAGCAGCAAGAUUACGAGGUAGACGAAGGCGAGGCAGAUAAAGAAAACACUUUUGAAAUUACAUUAUAUGGAGCUAGUGAAUCAGAUCUAGAUGAAGAUUUCUUCUCAGACCCUGAUAGCAAAGCCCAUAUUGUGACUUUUGAUUGGGACACUGGUCUUGUAGAGGCUCAAAAUAAAAUUAUUGAAACAAUGGAGCAGCUGCCAGAGACCAAAGGUAAAGGGGUCAUGAUGUUUGCUAAGAGGAGGCAGAGAAUGGAGCAGAUAAGCGCAGAACAAGAAGAAACUAGAAGACAAAGUAUGGGAGAGAAUGUCACUAUGACUGAGAACAUAAAUAAUGCCAUGUCCUAUCAAUCAAAACAGAAAGAAAGCAUUCAAAGUCAGAGCCUUGUGAGUAAGAGUUAUAUUGAGGUUAGCAGCAACCAAGGGAGAAUUCAAAAUGGAUUUGCAGGAACAUAUGAAUCUGGCCCUUCCUUUCAGCCCUCUGAGUUCCAAAAUCCAACAGCAUUGAACAGAACUGCAAAACCAUUUGGUGGCAUGCAGAACAGAGCUGCACUUCCAUUCACUUCUGGUAGAAAUAUAACCAGCCCAUUGUCAGAUAUGCCUGCACCACCUCCAUAUUCUUCUGUGACUCCACCACCUGAACCAUCAUACCAUGUAUCUUCAGCUGUGGCUGGCACAGUGCAAGCAGCUGUAUGGUCACCCUCUUACCCAGCAGAACAGAUAGCAUCUAGGGAUGAAAGAAUUGCAGUUCCUGCAAGCAAAACGGGAAUACUGCAAGAUGCUAGAAGAAGAAACACAGCAAAACCUAUGUUCACAUUUAAAGAACAACCCAAAAUAAGUCCUAAUCCAGCGUUGCUGUCUCUUGUUCAAAAUAGAGAAGGCAAGCGAGGUACUGCAGCUGGAAAUGAAUCAGGACCUGAAGAAGACUACCUCAGUUUGGGAGCAGAGGCAUGCAAUUUUAUGCAAGCUCAAAUAGGCAAGCAAAAAACACCUCCACCUGUUGCCCCUAAACCUUUAGUCAAAUCUCCAACAACCAUGACCCCUGUUACACCAGUAUGGGCACCUCCAAUUGUGGCUCCUACACAUCCCCAAGUAUAUACAAGUCAAAACAUUUCCCAAGAUGCUGGUCCAGUUCAAGACACAAUGGCACAUCCUGCUUCCUAUGCUAGCAAGCCUCCAAAUUCUCUUAAUUUAUCUGGUUCCACUAGAGAGCCUUCUAAAGCAUCUGCUGGUGUAUACCACACAUACACCCCGAAAACACCCCCUAUAACUCCUUUAGGUAGUAAUGCAGUUGCUGGAGGUACGGGGCCUGCAUAUGAAAUGCCAGCUUUAAGUGGUAAGGGAGCUGCAUUGUUUGCCAAAAGGCAGUCACGUAUGGAAAAGUUUGUAGUGGAUUCUGCAACAGUACAAGCCAAUGCAGCUCGACCAAACUCUCCAACGCCAUCUUUACCAUCUUCAUGGAAAUAUUCAUCCAAUGUACGGGCCCCUCCUCCACAUUCAUAUAAUCCAAUUCAGUCACCACUUUACCCUCCAGCAGCUAACAAAGUUACAUCAAAAGGUGCAUCCUCAACGGCAAAAAGAAAGCCUACAAAAGCUCUCAGCCCUCUUGAGGUCAUGAAGCAUCAGCCAUAUCAGCUUAAAUCUUCAUUAUUCACUUUUCAACCUCCAUCUGAUGCUGCAGAAACAGCAGCCUCCAAACAAAAGUCAGAUCAUCUGCCUCCUGCAAGACAAGCUCAACCAAGAAAACCAAUUAAUACUCCUGCAAACUUCCAGCCAGCAGCUGCGUACUCUCAGCCAUGCUAUAGCACACAGCCUUCAUUUCAAUCAAGUGUCUUCACACCAACAGAGCCCUCUCCACCUGUGGGAUACCCCAUGCAUCCCAGACAAGAAUCACCCAUAUCAGCAUUGGUUCCUCCUCCAAGGCCGAAAUUUUCUGCAAAGAAAGCUGGAGCCGCAGCUCAGGGAAGUUACGAUGGGAGGCCAAAUUUUCUAGCUGGAAGAAGUUCUUCAUCUGGCUGUUUACAACCUUUUGGUUCACCCUGUUCUCCUCUGCUGUUCGAGCCUGCCCCUGGUUAUGCUAGUAAAGUUUCAACACCAGAUACUCCUGGCAAGAGACUGACACCAUGGGAAGCUGCAGCAAAAUCUCCUCUGGGUCUGGUUGAUGAUGCUUUCUUGCCUCAAAUCAUACAUGAGUCGGUUUCUGCCAAUGUCAUGUCUGCUGCACGUAGGAAAACCCUUCCAGAGCCCACAGCGGCCUGGAAGUCAGUCUCUGGUGUGCCAGGCAUUCCAGGCUCAUAUAAAGGCAUGCCAGAGAAAAGGCCUAGUGGCAUUGCUACGGUACCAAAGAAUGUAAUUUCUGCCCCAUCUAUGCAGUGUGGUUAUCAGCUCAGGUACCCAUAUUCCAGCCAGCACUCUAUCACAGAUUCUAGACCAGUGUCCUUGGAUACCAGGUCAGAAUAUGGCAUGUCUACAUUUCGUAGUGCAAACUAUAAUGCUUAUCCUAGGGUCUGGAAGCGUUGAGUAUCAAGGUAGAUUUAUAUAAUUCUUGUAUUUUAAAACAUGGUUUAGUAAGGUUUCCUAAGCAAUCCAGGGAAUUUGUCAUGAAGACCUAAGCAUGUGCCCAGUAUAUCUGCUGUUUCAGACUUUGUGUAUUUUAGCAUUUUCUUUCACAUUUUCUUCACAAAAUUCUGGAGUGUUGUGGUUGUGUGUGAUGUGAGUGUGUCCCCACCCAUGUUGCUAAAAUAUCCUUAUAUCUUCACAUGGACAUAAAUGUCUUUGGAUAUACAGGAAGUUCUAGGUUUGGCUAUGCAUGCCUUUGCUGGGUCAGCACAAAAUGCACAACUGACAACAUUUCAUGCAGAUGCUUUGCUGAGGAUGCAACAUUAGCCAUGCUCCUUCACAUUCCUGUCUCUUUACUUCAGUGUUCCUACAUUUAAAAAUCCCACAUGGGACAUUCAAGAAAAAAAAGUAGUGUAAUGUCAAACCUUAUGGGUGCUAUAGUAGUACAGUUAUAGAUCUUUAUAACAUGUUAAAGAGGAAUUAAGGAAGUUUAUUUUAAAUGUAUUGAAGGAAUUGCAUGAUUGCUUUAAACUAGGGUUAAAGGAGCAGCUUAUGGUUAAAGGAUGUGUUGUAGUGAAAAAAAGUAGCACUCUUAGAGCAAUAGCUCAUGGGGCUAGUAGGUAAUGUGCUUUUUUGGGUGCUUUGAUGGGUUCCAUAUGCCUUUGCCCUGAAGGAUAAAUUAUUUUAUUGAACGAAAUCAUUGUUCUACAGUUUUCUGCCAAUGAAGGUUCCAUAGACCCAAAAACAGGUCAUGGGGAACCAACACAAAUCAGUUUCUACCAGUGUUACUGCAUGUAGAAACCCCUUUCCAGAUUUUCUGGUAUGCAAUGUAUUCCAGGUCCACAUAAAGGCAUGCCAGAGAAAAAGCCUAUUUAAUUCUGAUUUGGGUGCUUUGGUGCAAUGUUUUUGUGUGCAAAGUGCCCACAACAGCCCCAUAUGCCAUUUCCCUUUGGUAUAUAAACCUUUUAUUUGACAUAAUUUUAUUGAGCAUCAAUGUUCUUUCAAUGAAGGUUCCAUAGACCCAAAAUAGGUCUUAGGGAAACUAGGGGUCAUUUUCUGCCAAUGUCUGCUGCACAUAGGAAAACCAUUUCAGAGUCUACAGCUGCCAGUUUCGAGUGUAACAGUCAUUCUCUAUUGCAUGCUUCUGUAUGUAAAAGCAUACAGUAAAGAACAUUUUUGAACUUGCCAUAUUUUGGUGUUCUGAUUCCUCCAAAUAAUUUUGUAAACCUGUGAGUGAAAUCGUUUUCACCACAAAUCCACAACAGUGGAUGGUCUAUUCUAAAAGACUCAGAAUCAGAUUUAUUGCUAUGAACACUGCUGUAUAUGUACAGGUAUAGCAUCCCUUAUCCGGAAACCCGAUAUCCAGAAAGCUCCAAAUUACGGAAUGGCUGUCUC